AUGGAUCCCAAGGGCUCCUCCAAGCUUCACCAGGAGGGCCUUCCGCAGUCGGACAAAAGAGAACCCAUCACCUCCUCAUCGGCCGCAGCAGCAGCAGCAGCAGAAAGCAGAGACCUUUUGCUUUCCGCAGCGGCUAAGGAUGAGCAAAGGAGGCAGCUUGCACCCAAGAGGAGCUCCAACAAGGACAGGCACACCAAGGUCGACGGCAGGGGAAGGAGGAUAAGGAUGCCUGCCCUUUGUGCCGCCAGGAUCUUUCAGCUCACCCGAGAAUUGGGCCACAAGUCCGAUGGGGAGACCAUCCAGUGGCUCCUCCAUCAAGCGGAGCCCUCCAUCAUCGCCGCCACCGGCACGGGCACCAUCCCCGCGUCAGCUCUCGCUGCCGCCGCCGCCGCCGCAUCCAUGUCCCUCCCGGGCGCCACCGCCCCCGCCGGCCUCCACCAGAAGCUCGACGAGUUGGGACAGGAGGCGGGAGCCGCCGCCAGGCCUGGCUGGGCCGUGACGGGGGCCGCUAACCUCGGAUGCUCCCAUCCUGGCCUGUGGCCGCCCCUGGUGGGUGGGUUCAACUCCGGAUUCUUGCAUGCCACCGCCGCCGUUCCCUCGAGCUCGAAUCUUUCGGCCGGAGGCGGAGACUCGGUGAGCAGCUUCAUGCAGAGGAUCGGCUUGCAUGGGUUCGAAUUGACCGGCGGGAAUCCGGGAGCGGUGAGCUUUGCGUCGAUGUUGAGCGGGCAUGGCCAGCAGCUGCCAGGGCUGGAGCUCGGCCUCUCGCAGGAGGGGCAUAUCGGGGCGUUGAAUCCUCAGGCCUUGGGCCAAUUCUAUCUGCAGAUGGGUCAGGGAAGGGGAGGAGUUGGUGCUGGUGGAAGUGGGCAGUUCCAUCUUCUUCAUCAUCAUCAGCAUCAUCAUCAGCAGCAGCAACCGGCUGGAUCUGCAGAGAACGAUUCAGAGGGAUCAGAACAGUAGAAGGCAGAGAUCCAUGAGAAGAAAUUAGCAGUGUUGUGCCAAAGAGAGCAGCAAGAAAGAGACAGCCACAGGAUUCAGCCACUGAUGGCAUCUACCUGCUCUUCUUUCUCUGCAACUAUCAGCAAUCACAGCAUUCAGGUGGAUAUCACUGGAUCUGAAUCAGUUGGAAGGAGCUCAGCAAAUUUUAAGUAAUUAGAGGUGUGUAAAUAGUUGUUUUGGGCCUAUUCAACAUUUUUUUUGCUGUCAGGCACUGAUGGAGUUGUGAUUGGCUUGAUUUGUGACAAAUAAAUAUGGGUCUCCCCAUAUAGUUGUGCAUGCUAUUGGUUCCUUCA